GAGAGAGAGAUGGUGACUCCGAGACAGAGAGAGAGCUGGUGACUCCGAGACAGAGAGAGAGAGAGCUGGUGACUCCGAGACAGAGAGAGAGAGAGAGAGCUGGUGACUCCGAGACAGAGCACAACUGCCAGACUGAGUAAGGAUGUUGGGCCUCCUCCUGUGUGUGAGUUCCCUCCUCCUCCCCCUCCUCUCCCCCUCCCUCGCCCAGGGAUCAGGGCCGAGGGUGCGCCUGGCAGGUGGGAGGCGGGGCCCCAACGAGGGUCGCGUAGAGGUGUUCUAUAACGGGGCGUGGGGGACGGUGUGUGAUGACGAGGUGGAUAUUAACCUGGCCAACGUGGUGUGUCGAGAGCUGGGCUUCUCACGCAGUCUCACCUGGGCUCACAGCUCUAAGUUUGGGGAAGGACAAGGUCUGAUCUGGUUGGAUAACGUGCACUGCAUGGGGACGGAGCUCUCCCUGUCUGACUGUCACUCCAACGGCUGGGGGAUAAAUGACUGCACCCACUCUGAGGACCUGGGGGUCGUCUGUAGCACCCAGAGGAGGGUCGACUACUCCCCUAACCAGGUAGAGGGCUCCCCCACAUCCCUGGCCGCCCCAGUGGCCUCGGCCCGACCACAGAGGAUCCCCAACCUCUCCACACCGCCACGUCUAUCCACAGUCCAAGACAGGGUGGCCCCUCCUCCUCCUGCUCACAUCACAUCCCCCGGGAGAAGGGGUCAUGAGAUCGCCCUCCACCGCAACACCCCCAGAGGUCAGGGUCAAAGUUCACCGCAACAGCGUCGGGGUCAUGAUAUCCACUUGCGUACCCGGAAUGGCCAGAGUCAGGCGGGAGGGGAGGCCAGGACGAGACAGGAGAACCCGGCCGUGCCCCAGGGGCAUCAAAUCCCCCCCCGGCUGGGGAAUGGUGCAGCUUACAGGCAGGCCCAGGAUGUGGGGCGGACCGGACCACAGGCGGCCAGAUGGGAGGCAGAGAUCCCCAGGCAGCCCAGUGGGAACCAUGUUGAACCAGAGGCAGAAAUCACCAACAUGGACCUGGAGACAGUCAUCACAGACGGACAGGCGGCCAGUAAGGUGAGGCUGGAGGAGGUACGUCUCCGGUCUGUUCCCCCAGGCGUCCGUACCGGCCUGCUGUCAGAGGGAGUUUUGGAAGUGAAGCAUGCUGGGAGGUGGCGUCAUGUGUGCGACCAGGGCUGGGACCUCAGCGGCAGCCGUGUGGUGUGUGGCAUGCUGGGAUACCCCUCCGCCGAGGCAUACGACCACACCGUCUACAGGAAACUAUGGGACGCCAAGUUGGCAGAUCCCUCCACAAGACUAGCAGGUCUGUCCAGUAAGAAGGGUUACUGGGUAGAGCAGGUCAAGUGUUUGGGUACGGAGCCUGUUCUCUCCCAGUGCCACUCCCAGCUCUCCCUCCCCAGGAACCAGGUCACCUGUCAGGGGGGCAUGUACGCCGUGGUGCGCUGUGUACCUGGACACCAGUUCACACGCCUCUCCUCGGGGAGACCACCCGCUCCCCCCGACGUCCAGCUGGGGGUGCGUCUGAAAGCAGGCCCCAGGCUGGGGGAGGGCAGGGUGGAGGUACUGAGAGAGGGGAAGUGGGGGACCGUGUCGGACCACCUGUGGGACCUAAAGGCAGCCAGUGUGGUCUGCAGGGAGCUGGGGUUCGGAUCGGCCAAGGAGGCCCUCAACAAGGCCCAGCUGGGACAGG